AUGUCAAAAGAAGGUAACAGAGAAAAGUUCCUAGAGGAAUUCCCAGAAUUAGUUCAUGAAUUGAAAACCAUUUUACAAAACUAUGGUAUGCCACAAGAUGCCAUUCAAUGGUAUGAAAGUUCGUUAUUCUUUAAUACACCAGGUGGUAAAUUAAACAGAGGUCUUUCUGUGGUUGAUACGUAUGUCAUUUUAAAAGGGUAUAAGUCAUUUUCAGAUAUGGCUAAGGAAGAAUAUAAAAAGGUUGCCAUUCUUGGUUGGUGUAUUGAAUUAUUACAAGCUUACUUUUUGGUUGCUGAUGAUAUGAUGGAUAAAUCUAUUACUAGAAGAGGUCAACCAUGUUGGUAUCGCGUGAAGGGUGUCGGAGAAAUUGCCAUUAAUGAUGCGUUCAUGUUAGAAGCUGCCAUUUAUAUUCUCUUGAAAAACCAUUUCAGAAGUGAAUCGUAUUAUGUUGAUUUGAUUGAGUUGUUCCAUGAUGUUACUUUCCAAACUGAAUUGGGUCAAUUGUUAGAUUUAAUUACUGCACCAGAAGAUAAAGUGGAUUUAAACAAGUUCAGUAUGAAUAAACAAUCAUUUAUUGUUAGAUUCAAGACUGCUUAUUAUUCAUUUUAUCUGCCUGUUGCAUUAGCCAUGUAUAUGGCUGGUAUCAAUAGUGAUACUGACUUGCAACAAGCUCAAGAUGUGUUGAUCCCAUUGGGAGAGUACUUCCAAAUUCAAGAUGAUUUCUUGGAUUGUUUUGGUACCCCUGAACAAAUUGGUAAGAUUGGUACUGAUAUUCAAGAUAACAAAUGUUCUUGGGUUAUUAAUAAAGCCCUAGAAUUGGUUACACCUGAACAAAGAAAAGUCUUGGACGAAAAUUAUGGACAAAAAAAUCAAGAGUGUGAAGAUAAAUGUAGAGAAGUGUUUAACAGUUUAAACCUUCCAAAAUACUAUGAACAAUAUGAAGAAAAUAUUGCCAAGGAAUUAAGGGAAAAGAUUAGUCAAAUUGAUGAAUCUCGCGGAUUUAAAGGUGAAGUUUUAACCGUUUUCUUGAACAAAAUUUACAAGAGAACGAAAUGA